UCCUACCUCUAUCAAUAUUUAAGUACUCCCAAUCUCACAUUUACUUCAAUCACUUCCAAUAUCUCUCCCCAUUUUUUCAAAACCACAAAAAGAUGUUUUAUCACAACACAAAAGCACUGGCACACUUGUUGUUGCUAGCAUCAAUGAUAGUUGGCAGUGUAUUGGGAGAUUCAUCCAAGGACAAAGAGGAAUGCACAGAGCAAUUGGCAGGGCUAGCAACAUGUCUUCCAUAUGUUGGGGGUGAAGCAAAAGCUCCAACACCAGAUUGUUGUAGUGGUCUCAAGCAAGUGCUCAAGAGCAACAAAAAGUGUUUGUGUGUUAUUAUCAAAGAUCGUAAUGAUCCAGACCUUGGUGGUUUACAAAUUAAUGUGACUUUAGCUUUGAGCCUCCCAACAGUUUGCAAUGCCCCUGCCAAUAUCUCCAAAUGCCCCGAGCUGUUGCACAUGGAUCCCAAAUCACCAGAGGCUCAAGUUUUCUAUCAAUUGGAGAAAGGUUCAAGCAAAAGUGGCACAAGUCCUUCACCAAGUCCUGCUGUUGGAGCAAGUCCUAGCCACGCAAUCACUACCACACAGAAGAAUGAUGCAUUCUGCAAAGACAAGAGAAUGUUAAAGAUAGAUGUUCUGGCUGCAGGGCUUCUAGUUUGGUUUUUAUUUGACUCUGCUGCUAGAAACUUUUUCAUUUAGACACUGAUGUGAAUAUGGAUGGCCUCUUCCAAUCCCCUCCCUCUUUUCUUGGUACAUCACUAUUCUGUGUCAUUGACUUGACAUUAUCACUUACUGUCUGUUAAAGUGUCUGUAUGGUGUAAAUUUUUCAUUUUCCAAAUAAACCCUCGUUAAAAUACAAGUUAUAUCUGUUUGGUACUCUUAACAAUACUCCUGGAACUUUAGGCUUAUCUUAAGAGACGAAUCCAGCAAAAUAAUCAAACAAGUAAUCCAAGCUAAGUGUCCUAUCACUAAGCAUCUUAUAGGAAGAUAAGAAAAAAAAAAUUCUGGCAAACAAAUGAGCAUGGUGUCUCUUGCUAAAUCUAAUUACCACUAGUGUAGUAGAAUGUAUUAAUAGGGUCAUCAACAUAUUAGCAAUAAAUCCAACAAUGAAAAAAUUGAAUAGAGCGUAUUUAAGCCUAUCUCAUAUUAACUAUACGGAAAAAGGAGUUCAAAAUAGAGUCAGCAUUAAAAUAACUAAUAUUGCAAAACACUUCCAAAAUCACAUUCCUCUUUUUAAUCCAUGUAUGAUUCACUUACUUUGCCACUCCCAAAAGAUAUAACAUUACAAUGCUCUUUGGGAUUCACCAAUGUAACUUGGAAAUGUGCCUUUGGCUCUUUCGUUUACUUGCUUUGCAAGGUAGAAACCACCAAUUUUUUAGACAAGCUCUAGUCGCCUGCAUAAAUGAUGUUGUCUUAAAUGUGUCUAAGUUGCAAAAGACCAGUCUCUAAUGACAGAGUGCUGCUAUGUGGUUGUAACCCUUGUUAUGGAUACCUAUAUAUAUAUGUGGAUUAAGAUGAUUUUACUGUUUUCAAGAAAAAUUAGGAUAAUCCCUCCAAAGGUGUUGCAGUAAGGAUUAUUCUGAUAUCUUGAUACAUAUCACUUACCUGGAAAUACUCUUGUUCUGGGCUAACAAAGCAUUAUAUGUAUCAAGCUCCAAAACUUUUCCGCAGGAAUAUGAUGUUCAUUGGAAGCCAUGGUUUCUAUCAACUCUAAGCCCUCUUCUAAAGUCUUGGUGGCAAAAGAACCUCCAGUUGAAGUAUCAAUCAUCAUUCUUGAUGAAAGGGUUGUAUCAUUGUACAAGAUUUUCAAUUUUGAUGCCAAUUUUCAAAGUAGUGUUGUAAACACUUUUUGUGUGGUUCUUUAUAUCUAUCAUGCUUCAUGUAUAGACUCUCCUUCCUUCUGAUUAAAGAUGUUCACACUUCUAAUAUUUAUGCAUUUGGA